AUGGGCUCAUUAGUGUGUAAGAAAGAGAUAGAGAAGGUAGAACAAGGGGCAUCGGCCGUGGUGUUGAGGCGGCGGCUGUUCCGCCGUGAGGAUGAGGGAGAGGCGUUGUGCUCCCUGCUCACCAAAGCGCCGCCACCGCUGCAGCCCUGCUCGCCGAGGCGCCGCCCUAUACCUGCUUCAACAUCUGGUCACCGCCUUUACGUCUGCAAAAGGAGGACGGCCGUUCGCCCUUCCUCUGCCAAUCGCCUAGGGCUAUAUCUGCCGCCCUCUCGCCCUUUCGCCUCCACCUGUCGCUGGCGAGUGUACCUCCUUCGGUUGCCGCCCUCUCGCCCUUUCGCCUCCACCUGUCGCUGGCGAGUGUACCUUCUCCGAUUGCCGAAGUCCUGCUCCGCCGCUUUGCUGUCCACACCGAACUUCCUCAACGUAGUUAAUGAAGGAGAUACCCUGUUGGAUGUUUGUUGUGGUAGUGAAGAAUUAACAAGCGCCCUUGAAGCUUUUGCUGGAGGACAUAAUGAUCCUAUCUCUGUGGCAUUUGGAGGUUUGAAAGUACACGGUGAUAGAGAGAUUGACAAAGAGAUAAGCUUCAAGGGUCCUAUCCAGCCUGAUGCAUCUCAAUGUGGAUUUUAUGUCAUGAAGUUCAUGAAAGAGAUCGUAGGACGCUAUGAACUUAAUGCCUACACGUCUCUAUCAUCGAUGUUUAAGAAUGUUAAGACAUACACCGGAGCUGAAAUCGAUGAUAUUCGUGAGGAAUGGGCAACAUUUGUGAUAAAGCAUGUGUUUGAUUGAACUUUAGGUGCAUAUGAUCAGUCUUCGUUUUGAGGAAUCAAUUUUUUGUUUUGUUGUGCAUGUAGUAAAACAUGUAUUGACAGGUUUUUCAGUGUAG